GCGAUGCGUCGGACUCCGACGACGGACGGAAUUGAUGUAGAGAAUCUGCGGAGAGAUAGGAUGGCGUUUAGGGAUAAGUACUAUCACUGAGAACUAUAAAAGGAGCCUCAUUCCCGGGCUCAGUGCAAGAAACCAAGCCAACAAGCCCUCUGCCUCCUCACCUCAUUUCCAACCAGUUCACCGCGCAAGCACAGGCACUCCACCAUGCAACUCACCGCUCUAACCCUCCUCUCCACCGCCGUCACAGCCACGGCCCUGGCGCAGGUCUCCAUCGACUUCUACUUCACCAACGACACCUGCUCAACCACUCCCACCGUCACCUACAGCAUAUACGAGAACUCCUGCUUUGGCAUCGAGGGGUACCCCUGGGAAUCCAUCGCGCCCUACCUCUCCAGCGGCACCUGCAGCGACGCCACCAAGUCGCCCGUGCUCUACACCUACACCUCGCAGGAAGAUGACUGCAUCAGUGGACUCUAUGCUACCUACGACGUGACCGAUGAGCACACCUGUUACGCUGUGGACGCGGAGUAUCUCCAGCGGCUUUUGGUGAAGUGUGAGUGAGCGGGUGGAUCGGCUGGCUGUCAUGGGUCUGAUAUGGCUUGUCGGGGUAUUUUGG